AUGAGGCGGCCAAAUGCUUACAAGGAUGAUGAAGCAGAAAGAUGUUUUGAAAUAAUACAGAAAGGUGUUAAUUUAUGCAUUGAAAAAGGCAUAUUUACUUUGGAUGAAAUGGAACCAUACCUGGAAUCAGAUAUUGAACGUUAUACAAAACUCAUUGAAAAACAUCCAGAACUAGGUAAACACAGCCUAUUAAUAGAACGUCAUAUUCAAGGUCUUAAUAAUAUUCAUUCAAUCAAUAAUUUAAAAGAAAUCUAUAAUAUAACAAAAACAAUUAAUAAUAAACAUAUUUUAUUUGAUGAUCUUAUGAAUUCUAUAGAAAUCAAUAAAUCAUCAAUCAAUAAUAUUGAUCAAUUAAUACCUAAUCCAAAAUCAAUAAAUGAUUGUUAUAAUAUAAUCAAUAAUAAAUUAAAAAAAUUAAUUCAUAAAGAACAAAUCAUGAAAUUUAUAAUACCUAUUCAUAUAUUAAAUUAUUUUACUAAUUUAUCAUUAAAAAUAAAUGAUAUUUAUACAAAAUUAGAUACAGAAAAAUUAUUAUUAACAAAAAUUCGUUUAAAAAUGAAACAAUCUAAUCAUACUACUACUACUACUACUAAUAAUAAUAAUAAUAUAACAUAUAUUGAUUAUUUAAUUAUAUUUAUUAAACAAAUUAUUAAAUUAAUAAAAAAUUUAAUUAAAAAUUUAUUUAAUAAACAAAUGAAAUUUUAUAAUAAUCAAUUACAAUUAACUAAUGAAAUUGAAGCUGAAACUCAUUAUAAUUUAUUAAUGUAUCCAACUAAUGAAUUAAAUAUUCAAUCAGAAUAUCAUUAUAAUCAUUAUAUAAUAGAUAAUAAUAAUAAUAAUAAUAAUAAUAAUAAUAAUAAUAAUAAUGAAAGUAAUGAUUAUAAUUGGAAUGAUCAAUUAAUGAAUGAAUUAUAUCAUCGUGAAAUUAAUAUUAUAAAAAAUUACUUAACAAGUAAUUCAAAGCUACCAGGAUUAAUAUAUGGACCACCAGGAUGUGGUAAAACUAGUUUAUUAAGAUGGACAGUUAGUUAUUUUAAGCAUAUUCACUCAGAAUUCAAAACAAAUGAUCAAGUAGUAUCAAAUUCAACUAAUUUAACUACAUCACAAUCUAACAUAGAACCAAUUAUAAUUAUAUGUUGUAUUGGUCGAACAUUUUUAUCAACAUCAUUACAAUCAGUUUUAAUACAAAUAAUUGAACAAUUAAUAAUGAAAUUUAAUAUAAAUAAUCAAAAUAUUAAAUCAUUAUGUGAAUAUGCUGAAGCUGUUCGUUUAUUAAAUACAAUGUUAUCAUAUGCUAAUCCAUUAAAACCAAUACUUAUAUUAAUUGAUGAUAUUGAAUAUUUAUAUCCAGAUGAACAUGUACAAAUGUUUCAAUGGUUACCAAUUGAAUUACCUAAUCAUUAUAUACGUUUAUUAAUAACAACUACUUCAGAAAAAAUUAUAAAAGGAUUUAAUAAGCAUUUUGGGGAUGGUUGUUGUAUUAAUUUAUUAUCUUAUUUACAAAUACAUAAUAAUUUAAAUGAAAUUUUAUUCAAAUUCAUUGAAACAAAUUAUAAUAAAAUUUAUACUACUAACAAAGAAAAAAGUAGUAUACAUUUUCAAUCAAAUAAUAUCAGUGAAGAAUUAACAAAAUUAAAUAUACAAAAAAAUAUUACACCAAAUUAUAUAAAAUUAUUAGCUGAUAUAUUAACUACUAAAUAUACUACUCAAAUAAAUAUUAAUUUACCUAAUCAUUAUCCAAAUGAUUUAAUUAAUUUAUUUCAAUUACGUUUAAAACAAAUUUAUACAAUAUUAAAACAAGAAAAUUUAUUAAUUAUUGAAUUAUUACGUUUUAUGCCAUAUAUAGCAUGUUCACGUUAUGGUUUAACAUUUAAUGAAUUAAUUCAUAUAUUACAAAAUGAUUUAAAUAUUAUUAAAAUAAGAAAACAAUUAAAUCAAUUAAAUUCAAUACAAUCAUUUCCUAUUGGUUGUUUAUUAAAAUUAAUUUAUUCAUCAAUAUAUAAUAUAAAAAAUUAUUUAUUAUUUAUUCAUACAGAUAAUCGUUUAUUAAUUACAUUUAAUUGUGAAUCAUAUCGUAAAGGGGUAUUAUUAUUUUGGGGUUAUAAUAUUCAUAAUAUAAUCAAUAUUAAUAAUAAUAAUAAUAAUAAUAAUAAUAAUAGUAAUGAUGAUAAUGAUGAUAUAAUAUUAAAAGAAUUUAUAUUUCAUAAAUAUUUAACAAAUUAUUGGUUAGGUUAUAAUAAUGAACAAGAUGAUUAUGAACAACAUACAAAACAAAUUGAUCAUUCAUAUGAAAUAAGAACCAAUACUACUACUACUACUACUACUACUAAUAAUAAUAAUAAUAAUAAUAACAAUAUAGAACAUAAUGAAGAUUCAUUUCAUACAAUGUAUUAUUGGUUAUCAAUGAAUAAAUCAAUAAAAUUGAAUACUGAUAUAAUUAUAGGUACUUAUAAUAAACAUUAUAUAUGUAAUGCACGUCGUUUAACAGAACUACCUUAUCAAUUAUUACAAUUAGGUUCAGAUAAUGUACAAGAUCUAUUGAAGCAUGUUAUCUUUUCAUAUGAUUUUAUAUUAGGUAAAUUAUUAUUAGGUUUAAGACCAAAUGAUGUAAUUACAGAAUUUUAUUAUUUAAGACAAUUAAAUCAAUUAAGAACUAAUGAUGAAAUCAUGUAUCUUUUAAAUUUAUUACGUAAUUUAUCAUCAAAAUUAUCUAUUGCACCAACAUUAUUAAAUGUUGAAUUAGCUGGACGUAUUGGACAUUUAAUUAGUACUGACUAUGCCUAUAUUGGUCGUCAAUUAUUAAAUAGUAUUGAUUGUGAUUCAAAUAAAGUAAAUUGUUUAUUACCAUUAUUACCUAUAUGUUAUACAUUACCAUUACAACCGGAAUUAUUAAAUGUGAAAUAUAAAAAUAAUGAAACAGGAUUUUGUUCAUUAAUCAAUGAUGUAAAAAAACAAGAAAUAAAUGAAAUCAUAACAAUUUCAUCGGAUUCAAGAUUCUUGUUUACAUUAACAUGGAGUCGAAUGAAUCAAUCUAAUAUUGAAUCUUGUUUAAAUAAGAAUGAAGUAAUAAUCAAUAUGUGGGAAGUCAAUUCAUUGACUAAAUCAUGUUCAUUUAGUCUUGGUGAAUGGCCUAAUUAUAUAUUUCAUCAAGCUUAUAUGCCAGUACAUCAAAAUCAGCUGGUUCUUUUAACAUAUUCAACAAAUGAUUCAAAUAACAAAAAGUCUGGAAUUCUAGCCGUUAAUUUGGAAUUAGGUUGUGUUGAAGGUAAUCUAUCUGUUACAUAUCCAAUUCAAUUAAAAAUUUUAUGUAUUACACGAUCUAGUAUCUUGAUAAAACAGUGUGAACCAAAAGGAAGUAAUGAAAAACAUACAACAAGUCAAGAUUAUGCAACAGUUUAUUCUAUACCAAAUUUAAAACCAAUUAGUGGUAUAUUAUCUAAAGUUCCAUUACCAUUUUAUAUAUUACCAAAUGAUCGAAUUUGUUUUGGACCUUCAAGAUGGCCAAUUCAAAUUAAAACUAGUGUAGAAAAGAAAAGAAAAUUACAAAAUAGCCAAAAUGAAUUAAAAGAGAUUAAUAAUAAUUCAGUUCAAGUUCGAUUAAAGAAUACAUUGAAUGAUGUACUAGCUUGGAUAAAGUGUCCUUUAGCACCUGCUAUAUUUCAAGCAAAUAUUAGAGGAGAGAAUUUAUUUAUUGGAUGUAAAAGUUUAGGUCAGAUUUAUCGGUUUGAUUUAACUUUGAUAUCAAAUAAAGAAAUUCGUACUAUUAAGCCAAACUUUGAACUAAACUUAUACAAGAAUAUAAAAAAUAUACAAAUUAAAUCACUAUCAGAAGUAUCAUUAGAAAAGAAAAACAAUAUUCCAUUCUUAUGGGAUUCAGAGACAAUGAAUAUACUUGAUCAAGUACGUCAUCAAGUAAGUGUUAAGAAAUUAUGGAUAUCACCAGAUGAAAAAUAUUUAGCUGCAUUAUAUAAUGUCAAUGAUUAUCGUUUAAUAAUAGGUAUAUGGCAAAUAAAUUCAAGAAUAUUAAUUGCUGGUCUACAAGGAUAUCAUAAUAGUCAAAUACGAUUUGGUAAUGAUAGUACUAAUUCAUUUUUAAUACAUUUCAUUAAAUCAUCUAUUCAUAAACCAUGGAUUGAAUUAAUUGAAUUCAAUGCUGUUCAAUCAACACAAAUCAUAUCCAAUAUAACUAUGAGUAGACCAAUAACUAAUACUAAUAAAUCUAGCAUAAAUAUACUUGUUAAAAUACAUAAAAUAGAUGCAUUUAAAACUGCUAUAGAUGAAUUAUAUUUCAUUCGAGGUGGCAAUUUAAUAAUUAUAACAAAUGGAAGUAUUAUUUUAACAAGUAUAAAUGUACUUAUAUUAGGUUCAAAAAAUCAAGGACCUAUGGCAUUAACACCAAUUGGUAAAAAAUUAUCUACAGUUAAUUAUCAUUCUGAAUUGGAUAUUGUUUAUUCAACUGAAAUUGGUAAUCAACAAUUAUUCUCUUAUUAUAAUAUAUUAACUCAAAAAAUUAUUUCAGUUGAAUGUAUCAAAUCAAAUAUACAAAAUAGUUUUAUGAAUAAUUUUGAAAUGGACUUUUUAAUGACAUCAAUAUUGGAUGAUACACCAUGUGAACGUCAUUUAAGUUCAGAUGGAAAGAGAUUAGCACUAGUUUAUCAUGUUAAAAGUAUAAUUAAUAAUAAUAAAAAUAAUAAUUUAAAAGAAAAUAAUUAUACAAAAUUGAACAAUGAAAAAGUGGAAUAUAGAAAACCAAAACUUCCAAAUAUAAACUAUUAUACAUCUUUAAGAGAAAAGAAUAUAGAUUUAUCAAAUAUGGGAUAUGAUCAAACAGUUAUACGUUUAUAUGAUUUAGAUAAUAAAAUCGGUGGCACUGGAUUACAAUGUCAAAUAUCUAUAAUUGGUGAAUUUAUAUUUUAUAUGUCAACCAAAUAUGGUAUAUACACUUUGAAACCAGAUCAUGCUAGUAAUACAAAAUUAUGUAAUUUAAAAGAUCUACAUAAAAAUUAUUCCAUAAAAGAAAUUCAAAAUAAAAAUUCAAUGAAUAUAAUUGAUGUGAAACCUCAAGCUUUAUUAUCACGUUAUGGAUCUACAAAUGGACGAUUUUUAGGAUAUACAUUUUUACAACAUCCAGUUAUCAAAGGUACAAAAAUUAUAUUUAAUGAUCAAUAUUUGAUAUUAUGUUGUGGUGAAUAUGGACAAUGGAUUCGAAUGUUAGAAGCACCAGAUUUUAAAAAAUUAAUAUAUGAAGUAAAUUUACAUAAAUUAUUAAAAGAACAUGAUGAUUAUUGUCGUACACCUAGUGUUCAACGUUUAUUUACAUGUGAAACACAACCAACUAAAGUGAUUAUACAAUAUAUAUGGUUAGAACAAGAAAAUUCAACAUUAAAUAUAAUAGUGUUAGAUUUAAAAUAUAAACAAACUAAUGAAUUAAUUAUUAAUCAAAUGUCAUUAGUAGAUAAACUAAUUGAUGUUUCUUCAGAUGGUGCUUAUGGGAUAGAUGCUAAUUUAAGAUUAAUCAACUUUCAAAAUGGUAAUAUAUUGGCUUUAUUGAACUCAUCAAAUUUAAUACCUGGUACACAAAAUGAUCCUAUAGUAUUAUGUGCUCAAUUUACACCAGAUAAAUUAUAUAUUGUAAGUGUUAUAUACUCAUUAGAAUAUUAUAAUGCAUGGCUUGUUAUCAUACAUAAUAAUCAAAUUCAUAAUAAUUAUCCAGUUAUUGGUAGAGCAUUAUUGACACCAAUUGAUGAAGUUAAACCUACUUCGUUAGAAUUAUCAGAAUUACCAUCAAUUAAGAUUCAAUUAGGUUAUAAUGGACGAUUAAUUAUUGUUAAAUUAGAUACAUUUAAAGAAUUUAAAUUAUUCACUAUAAGAAAACAAAUAAAAUAUCCAAGUAUCAUUCAUUCAAAUGUAAAUGAUCGAAUUAAACAUUUGCUACCAAUCAACAUGACUACAGCUGAUGAACAAAAUUCUUGGUCAAAUAAACAAAAAAGAGCAAAAUAUUUAGAUGAAUUAUUUACACGUUUUGCUGAAUCAUUAUCGGUUAAUAAUAAUAAUACAAGAGAUGGAACUAAUAUUGAUGAUAAUGAUAAUGAUGAUGAUUAUGGUAAUAGUAAUGAAAUGGAUAGCAAUGAUGAAUUAAUUGAUUUGAGCAAGUUUGGUUUAGAUCUCAACUAUAAUAAUAGUAGUUUGUUAGAUCAUAUUUAUAAUAAGGUAGAUAAUAUAUCUGUAUGAUGGAUACUAUUAAAUAAUAAAUUGAAUGUAAUUGUGUAUACGUUUAUGUGGAUUCAGUUAUAUGGUAAAAUAUAUGUACACUUUAAUUUCAAAUAGAAUUAACUAUUUUCAUUGAAAAAUCAAAAAUUUGUUUCUUCUUUAAGAUCAGAAGGGGGUUUUGGGG